AUGAAUGACGAUCAGCAGCAAGCCCGCUACCUGGAGAGCAAAAAGAGGAAUCAGGAGACGUUGGAGCAACAUGAGCUUGCACGUGUCGAAAGCGAGAUUCGAGCAAAACAAGUUCGAUCGUCACUAUUACAAUGCUAUCAACACCAAUGCAACGAAUGGAUCUCUCAGCAAAAGGCAUACCAGCAAAUGUUGACCGAGAUACAACAGCAGGACCAGGCACGGCGUACGCAACAUGGUGAUGAUGAUAAUGGCGAUGACGAUGGCGAUAGCCAUACGAUCCAACAGCUGUGUCAACUUUUGGAACAUCGACUCUUGUACAACAACAACGAUAGCGAUGAUAACACCAACGAAUCCAUCAAAAAAUACCUGACAUCCAUAACAACACAUCAAGCAUUGGCACGCUUAAGAGAUUAUUUGGACACGUUACCAAUCGAGAUACCACCGCCCUCAUCACAGCCAGAACAACAAGAAAGAACGCAUAUCCAACAUGAGCGAAUAUCUCUGGAUCAGCUCGUCGAGAUACAACAAAAGGAAACAGAGUUAGAACAACGUGUACGGGAUCUAUCUCACCAAGUGCGUGCACGUGUCAACCAUUUUUACCCUGAUUCAAACAUUCAAGAAGCGCUGUGGCAAUGUAUUCGUAUGCGAGCCGAAAGCAGAGCAAGUGCCACGGAGCUAAAGUCCUUGAAAGCGAUUGCGGAUCAACUUGAGAGUGAACUACCUGAUGAAUUGGAGGAGAAGAGCAACACAAUGGAUGACCUGAUUCAUACAGUGGCUGAAAGACAAUCUCGAGUAGUACAAUUGAUGGAUGAGAACCGUGAUUGCGCAAAAAUGAUUCGGGAUUUUCAUGAAGAGGAUCAAGCGAUGAGAAGUGAAGCACAGGAGGAAUUAGCAGAAGAAUUGGAAUCAGUAUUGGACGUGUUGACGGGCAGCAUUCGCAAGCAUGUCGAUCUCUUUCAUCGUUUACCAUUGAAACCAGAAAGCUACAAUGUCAUUCCAAAAUCCCGUGACAGCACACGUUUAGAGCAAAUCAAGGAUGCAUUACACCCAUAUCUGAAUCCAUCAAGAUCGGGUCUUAUCCAAACUCUCGGUGAGACACUCAUGCGAGUUGAUGCACUUGUACACAUGGACCCUCCUGAAUCCGAUAUCCGAGAAUCGCUCGAGUCAUUAGUGGGGGAUUGGCAUGAUGAUUUGCAUAAACGUGAUGUUCGAGUCCCAACGCCGCUUCCCAACGAGGAUUCUAUUGAUGCCAUCACACAAGCGGGAGAUGCUUUCAAAAAACACAUCAGAUCAAAGCAUGGCCUAUUCCUCUCACAGCAACGAUCCAAAGUUCAAAGUCGACUUCAGCAACUGCAACAAGUGGACAAGGAUAUACGAUCAAUCAACAAGAUCAUCGAGGAAGGAAAUCUCGUCAAAGAUGGAUCCAUUGCAUUCGAUCUCGCCUAUCAAGAUAAAACGUUCCAAGAAUGGCUUGAUGCAAUCAAGGAAAACCCAUAA